UUUAAGAGCUUAGAGUGGAGUGUCAGCGCUCCAGCCGAGGCGCCUAAAACUUGGCCCACGAUAAAUAAGUUUGAUAUUUUGCGCAGUCUGCGUUUACUACGUUGAUUUACUACUCACUGCCAUGCCAGGAAGCUAAAGUCAAGGAGCUCUAGGAAAGAUGGAGACCACGGGGUACCAGGACAUCAGCGCUCUGGAAAAAUCUGUGGCCAAUGCCGGUUCACAGCUUUAUACGAUGGCCCACAAACUCCAUGAGGUAGAGCGCAGCCUCGAACAGACGACGAUGGAGCAGAUGGACGAAAUGGAGGUCCUCGAGCUGCUCGAGUCGAUGAGCGAGGUGACCAACGAGUACCAGAAUCUGCGCAAGGACAUUCGCGAGGUGCAGCAGUUGCAGCGUGACGUCAGCAGCUCCAUACGCUACCAAAUGCGCAGCAUGCAGCAGACAUUUCAUACACUAAAACAGCGGAUAGCCAGCUCCCAAAAGGGUCGCAAAAAGCCAGAAAAACCCUUAACGGGGCAGGGGGAUAUGAAUAAUCCAUGAACCUUAUUGAUUGCCCUCCCCGGCGAAUGGAGGGGAAAUUGUGUCAAAGGGGCGGUUAAGUAGGGACUAUAGACACCAAUCUGAAGCAAUCAACUGUGUAACUAUAUAUCGCAAACACACACCAAGCAUUUAGACUCGAAAUCAGAUCCUAUACUUUAUAUAUAUACACUCAAAGAAAAACAAAACUUGAAACACCCAAUUGUAAGCACACCAAUGUGUUUUUCACACUGUGUUUUGUGUGAUUAGAGUUUAAAUGAUACAAAAUAAGACAGAGAAUAUUUAAACCAUUUUUGUUAUCACUCGGUUUAUUAAACAUUUGUAUAAAUAACAAAAGAACUCUAACACACAACAUAGUGUAAGAAACAUAUAAAGCAGACUUUUAGAGUAGGAUGAAUAGCGUACUUUAUGACGAACCGGAAUGUCUGAUGCACUUUUCCAAAAUUUGCCUUAACAUAAUCGUAUUUUGAGCUAGUUUUUGAUACGACACGUUUUUAAUAAUGAUACCAAGCAACAUUACGUAUUUAAGCUACACACAAUGGCAACCUGUUUUUGGUUAUUCUUGUGUUCGUUUCACUUUUGGAGAUUUGUUUGUUGACAUUUAGAGAAAAUAAAAACUAGUUAAGCCCAAAUAGUUGUUUACUAUGUAAAUAGGGGCAUUUUUAUAACAAUUAAUUUCAAAUCUGCCGCCAAUUACUUGUAAGCUAUCGAUAACUUGUCA